AGAUACAGUGACUGUAGUCAACACCACAGAUACGGAAUGGCGACCUCAACGGCAUCAAUUGUCAAUCCCAACGAGCAUUUGGAGAUUCCCCAGUGGAUAAACCAGGAAUAUUUCCAGCCGAUAUUACAGAAAGACGAGCCUGACUAUGAAAAGAUUCUGAGCUUCAAACCGGUUGCAGCUAUUCCUCCAGGCGAGAAUUUCACAUCCAUAAUGUUGCGGAUUCACUUUGAUCUACAGAUGAAGGAUGGAAACACCAAACACAAGACCUACGUUUUCAAGACAAUGCUGGCGGAGGAGCGGGGUGGCAAGGAGAUCCGUGAGGCAGGCAUUUUCGACAAGGAGCUCAUGAUGUACCAAAGUUUUCUCCCCGCUUUCGAGGAACUCUACCGAUCGGCUGGAGAGGAAAUUCAGCUGGCUCCCAAAUGCCUGCACACUGACCAGCGGGAGAACGGAAUCCACUUCGUGUUCGAGGAUCUGGGGGUGAAGAAAUUCCAAAACGUAGAUCGUAUUCAGGGUCUAGAUAUUGUGCACAUGAAGAGAUCACUCCAAAAACUUGCGGAGUUCCAUGCGGCGGCCGCAGUUUAUGCCGAGCGAAAAGGAUCUUACCCCGUCGAGUUCGAGGAUGGAUUCAUUGGCAAGGACAACCUGAAAAUGCAAGAAGAAGGAUUUUUGGUAAAGGCCAGAUCGUACCACAAGUCCAUGGCUGGUUGGGGCCUGGAAGAACCUGAAAAAUAUAUAAACAGCUUUCCAACGGUACAGCAGUUUUUGAAAAUGUGUGAAAAAAAUCUAGGAACGGAUCCAUUGGCCUUCAAUACGCUUACGCAUGGUGACUUUUGGUCUAGUAAUCUAAUGUGCAACUAUCUACCAAACGGCGAAAUCAACGAGGUCAUCAUGGUGGACUUUCAGCUGUGCAAAUGGGGCAGUCCUGCCCAGGAUCUGCUCUUCUUUAUCACCCUUUCAGCGGCCAGUGAUAUCAAGCUCAAGGAGUUCGACAAUUUCGUCCGAAUUUAUUGGGAGCGGUUGGUGGAAUGCCUUAAGGUGCUAAAAUAUCAGAAACCCCUGCCAAAGCUGCGCGAUCUGCAGACUUCCCUGUACCAGGACACAAAUACUGUCUAUGCUUUUAUUGCCGUCUUUAAUCAUCUGCCUGUGAUCCAGUUUCCUUCCGAUAAGGAAUCCAACUUGCAUUCCCUUUUGCGAGACGAUGAAGAAGGCGACAGAUUUCGGAUGCGAAUCUUCACGAAUUCCACUUUUUGCCGUCUCAUGAAGGACAUUUAUCCAUUCUUCUACAACCGAGGAAUCUUUAACUUUAGUGAUUACGAAUAAGAAAGAUGUGUAGAAAAGAAUUCAAUUAAAUAAUAUUUGGAUAUAUAAAA